AUGUCGCGACGGAACAGUUCUCUCACCGAAGGACUCUUCACUCGGCUUGUAUCGGUUAUUAGUCGCAGUCCGAAUGUGAUGACCAUCUUCUACUAUAACCCCGUUGGAACGGACUGCCACUUGGAGGAGUAUCUACGCCCUGCCGCUGCUUCGAAUAUUCCAUUAUUUAUUUGGCGUUCGGUUCAAACUGUUGUUCAGCUCAAUGGGAUCCUUGACGAGGGAUUCCUGGUGCUGGCCUGUUUGCCGGGCGUGCAUCGGGAGGAUCUGCUGAGAGGAUUGUCCAAUAGUUUGCGCUACUUGCGGCAGGCCUGGCUGCUCAUCGAGUUGGCUGCGACGCAGGACGACGAGCAGUUGGUCACCAAGGUGCUAGAGUUCUGCCUUCGAACGGAUAUGAUCAACGCCAAUGUGAUCUUGAGUAACUGUGAAGCAUCCCGGACAGUUUACGGAUACGAAGCGUAUCCAGGGUUUUCAUUGAGGAAACAAUUCUUUGGACUGGACACACCGAUCUCCAGCCUUUACCCCGAUAAGGUACGGAAUCUUCAUGGCUUUCAGCUACGCACAAUGCCGGAUAACUCCGAACCGAACACUCUACUCUACAACGAUCAGCAAGGUCGUUCGCAGAUUCUGGGCUAUGUGUGGAACAUGCUGGUGGAGUUUGCGCGUAAACACAAUGCCCAUCUACAGCUGAUUGGCCAGCCGGUGCAGGGCAAGACCCUGAGCCACGUCCAGAUGUUGGAUCUGGCCAGUGACGGCCGCGUGGACGUGGCAGCCAGUGUGCAGCCGAUUUCGAUGCGAUACCUUGACCGCUACCACGAGUACGCCUAUCCCGUGCACAGCGCCAGCUGGUGCACAAUGCUGCCCAUGGAGAGGCAGCUGGAAGUCAGUGAAGUCUUCACCUGGACAGUGCCUGCCCAGACGAUUGCCCUGCUGGUGGUGCUGUGGCUGCUGCACGAGUUUCUGCGCGGACGCUGGCAGCGGCACAGGCGACUCCAGGCCAUCGGUUGGCUGGUGCUGGCCACUCUGCUCACAGCUAACUACCAGGGAAGACUCCUGAGUCUGCUGUUGGAGGCACCCACAGAACCGCCCAUCGACAGCUUCCAGGCGAUGGCCAACUCCAAGCUGCACAUCUUCGGACUACGCUCCGAGUACGCCGCCUACGAUUUCGAUAUGCGCACGAGAUUCGCCAGCAUUUUCCGGCUCAGCAAUCUCGCCUCGGAGCUGAUCCAGCUAAGGAACUCCCUGAACACAAGCUUCGCCUAUACGGUGACCAAUACCAAAUGGCAGCUCUAUGCGGAGCAGCAGGCACACAGCUCUCGGCCCCUCUUCCGCUACUCCACGGACCUCUGCUACUACCAAAUGGUGCCCUUCGCUUUGGUCAUUCCCGAGAACUCGCCACUCCGCCACACCUUGCACCACUUCAUGCUGCAGCUGGCCGAGUCCGGACUGUUUGACCAUUGGGUGGAUCGGAGCUUCUACUACAUGGUCCAAGCGGGUCGCCUCCACAUACGGGACCUCAGCGAGGGGCGUCCCAUCAGGCCGCUGUCCAACGAGGACCUGGCCAAUGUGUUCCUGAGCUACGGUGUUUGUGUCCUAAUUAGCCUGUGGCUGUUUGCCUGCGAGCUGCUUGUGCGCCGGGCCAAGUCCUGGCUCGGCUUUUAA